UAUAAUUUCUACAAUGUGAUUUUAAAAAACAGUUGAAUCCCCUUUAAAUUUGGAAGAUUGAGUUCCAUUAAAACCACUUUUUUUCUCUCCCUUGAAAUAAAAGUUAAUGAAGUUGAUUCAAUUCUCAGUUCUGUUCCCCAUGACGUUAAAGUGGUGCACGUUCAUGCAAGCACAAGCAUGCCUAUACACAAGCCAGGGAAACAGAGAGCCUGUGAUUCCCAUGGCAUUUUUUCAUUGCUCUGAUUUGUGCAUGUACGUGCAUACAUGAUUCUCAUAGCAUUUUUUCAUUUCCACUGAUUCAGAUGUCUUUCAAUAUAACAGAUCAAAGAGAAGUUCAGUCCCCUCCGCGUAAAAUCAGAUAUCAACAUGAACUCAUGCCCCGUCGACCAACAUCAACAUAAUCGGCUCUCCCACAACAAUUUCAGCACGGCGAAUUGCGAAGUGCAAAAAAAUCAAAAUAAUGCCGCAUAGAACAUGAGCUUGUGUAUGCAGGUGCAGCCGCUCUAAACUGAAAUAUGGCCAGCUCCAGGAAUGUUAAUUUCUUAACUGUGAGAGCAAUCAUGUAGGCACAUCAGUUUUACUUUCGUAUUUCCCGAUCCCGUUCGGCAGCUCCUCCUUCGGCCUCUUCCAGGAACCAACCCGGCUCGGCAGCUCUAGGCCCUGAUGCCUCCGCCGCCGAACCCAAGCCCCUCGAACCGAGGCAGGCCCACUCCGUGACUCCAGCCGGUGGCUCCCGCAAUUCAAGCCCGGACUGUUUAGCCUCCUAUACCCCAGAUGAGGUUUCUGAUUCAGUCUGCUCAUCUGAUGGGGAGUGGGUACCACCGCCAAAAAAAGACAGCUCUGAGGACGAAUAUUCCAGCUUUCCUGGAGAUUAUAAAAUGGAGGAUGAGGAUGAUAACCUGAUGGAAAUUGAGAGGACAGAAUGGGUCUCCAAGAACAAGAGCAUCAAGUGGUCACCCUCUGCUGAGCAAAUGUAUCGUUAUGUGCAGGCUCCCACAAAACCUGUCCCAGGGCUGACAAAGUAUGCCAAGAGAAACAUAACGGACCAGCUGAAAUCCUGCUUGGAUUUAUUUCUGACGAAUGACAUGAUCCAGCUGAUCCUCAAAAUGACCAACCUGGAAGGCAAGCGGACUGAAAAUCAUUGGAAAGACAUCACUGAGACGGAGCUGAGGGGUUUCCUGGGCCUGCUGCUGCUGGCGGGGAUGUAUCGUUCCCGGGGAGAAAGCACCCACAGCUUGUGGGAGGAGCUGAUAGGCCGCCCGGUGUUUCGUGGUACAAUGUCCCGCAAAAAAUUUGAGCUAAUUGCCACAAAACUCCGGUUUGAUGAUAAACUGACCCGGCGAAAGCGGCUCAGUGACAACAAGCAAGGAGGAGACAUCAAGAGAGGUCGGCCAGGGGAAGAGAGUGGUGCUGCAGAUGACACAGGGGCUGGAGGGACGCACUGUCACCAUUGAUAAUUUUUUCACCAGCUACGAGCUUGGCACGGAGCUCCUGAAAAGAAAAAUGGCCAUGGUCGGCACAGUGCGCAAAGGGAAACCUGAGCUCCCUCCCCAACUUGUCAACGUGUCGGGCAGAGAAGUGCUCUCCAGCAUCUUUGCUCACACAGCGACCCACACUGUGGUGUCGUACGUACCCAAGAAAGGCAAAAACGUGGUGCUGAUGUCUACAAAGCACAGAGAAGCCUCCAUCAGCGAGGAGGUCCACAAGAAGCCAAUGAUCAUUCUCGAUUACAACAAGUCCAAGGGUGGCGUGGACAACUUGGACAAGUGUGUGGGCACUUACAGCUGCCGUCGGAAGAGCUCCAGAUGGCCCCUGACGCUGUUUUACAACAUGCUGGAUGUUUCUACUUACAACUCAUACGUCCUGUGGACCUGCCUGCACCCAAACUGGGAAAUCAAAAAGAAAUACCGCCGCCGCAUCUUCCUGGAGCUGCUAGGGAAGGAGCUGGUGAUCCCUUGCAUCCUCCAGCGUGAGCGGAUUCCCCGCGGGCCGAGUGCCGCUGCUUUCGUUCAAGCAGCCCAGGCAGCCAUGGUGGAGGGGAAGGAAGCGCACAGCGAGGAUGCCAAGGAGGCCAGAACCUCUGCAGAGGCACCUCCUCUGUCUCCAGGAGCAAAGUCGACAACACGACGACCUUGUGAAUUGUGCCCAGAGAGCAUGAAGAAGAGCAGGGUGCGCAACGUCUGUGCCAAGUGUGGCAAGUUCCUGUGCAAGGACCACACAUGGAAAGGCUGUGGGACGUGCCUUGCAGGAGGACAGUGACUGAUAGAGGACAGUUUGUCCUAAGUGUACAUAGCUAGUUCUUUAGAAAAACAUUUAAAUAAAAAGAAUAAAAAAAACCUGGAGGAAUUGAUCAAAAAUUUAUAUUUUACCAGGGGGAGCGUAGCAUGACAUAUUGUGAUCAUGAGAGGAAAUGAAAGGGCUUUUUAAAAAUCUAACAUCGCACCAAAAAAAACAAAAAACAAAUCAGUGUUGUGGGUUAUGAUUGACCCUCGCCAGACUGAGAUAGUAACAGUAAAAUAGUCUCAUUACCUGUUAGUAUGUUGAAAAUGUUUCACUAGUUAUACAUAUUUUUUUCCCGACAAAUGCAAAUAGUGGUAUAUGAUACAAACUGACAUGUAAAGGUUUAACAUUUGGUUAAAUAAUGAUUUAAAUUAAUUAAACAGUUUAAUAACAAAACAAACAUAAUAACGAAUAAAAACAAACCUGGAGGAACAGAUAAAAAAAAAAUAAAGAAAAGUGAAUAUUAAAUAUUUAGGAUGUUUUUUCUUAGCAGUGCUCAAAGGUUGA